AUGGGCUCCAUCCCAUUCUGCACCUUUCUUUGCUGCUUUAUCAGCACAGCAGCUGCCAAUAUAUUUGAGUAUCAGACAGAUUCCCAACCAUUACGUCCAUGUGAACUUCAGAGAGAAAAGGCUUUUUCAGGAGGAGAAGCCUAUGUUCCUCAGUGUUCAGAAGAUGGCCAGUUCAGGACAGUUCAGUGCAGUAGGGAUGGUCUUUCCUGUUGGUGUGUGGAUGAGAAUGGAAUGGAGGUGCCUGGCAGCAAACAGAAUGGAUAUCCUGUAUCUUGCUUAUCCUUUUGCCAGCUGCAAAAACAGAGGAUCCUGGUGAGUCGAUACAUCAACAGCAGUAGCAUCUCCUAUAUCCCUCAGUGCCUGGAUUCAGGGGCUUUUGAUGUGGUGCAGUGUGACACGAAGCGGGGUCAGUGCUGGUGUGUAGAUCCAGAAGGAAUGGAGAUUUAUGGCACCAGGCAGAGAGGAAAGCCAACGCAGUGUCCAGGGAACUGUGAGAUCCGAGACCGUCGCAUUCUGCACGGGUUUGGGGAGCAGAGCCCUCCCCAGUGCUCAGCAGAUGGCGAGUUUCUGCCUGUCCAGUGCAAGUUUGUCAACACUACAGACAUGAUGUUUUUUGAUCUCAUUCAUAGUUAUAACAGGCUCCCAAAGGCUUUCCAAACAUUCAGCUCCUUGCGGGAGGCAUUCCCGGAGGUCUCUGGAUAUUGUUACUGUGCUGACAGCCUGGGGAGAGAGUUGGCAGACACUGGCUUGGAACUUCUGCUUGAUGAAGUUUAUGACACAGUUUUCUCUGCCCUGGAGCCUGCCCGCACAUUCACAGAGAGCAGCAUCUACCAGAUCCUGCAGAGGAGGUUUCUGGGGGUUCAACUCGCUACCUCUGGCAGGUUCAGAUGCCCCUCCAAGUGUGAGGUUGAGCGUCACGCAGCCCUGCGGUAUCAGCAUCCCUAUGUGCCCUCCUGUAUGCUGGGGGGGGGGUACACACCCCUGCAGUGUCACCAGGGAGGACAGUGCUGGUGUGUGGACACCAAAGGGCAGGAGGUCCAGGGCACCAAGAGACGAGGACAGCCCCCAGCCUGUGGUCAAGAGCAAGCAUGCAUCUCUGAGAGACGACGAGCCUUGUCAAGGAUAUUUUUUGGCCCUGCUGGGUACUUCAGUCAAGCCAAUUUGUUUUCCACACCAGAUAUGCAGUUGGAAAAACUAUCUGGCUUCUCAAGACCCUGCCCUCCUUCCUUCAAGGAGUUGUUUCUGGACUCUGGAUUGUCAUCCCCAGUUGUACAGAACCAGCCUGUCAGCCAGAUUUCUGGGCUAGAAACCACCCUUAGUGAAGUCAUCGUGGGGAUGUUCCCAUCGAGGGAACUGGCUCAGGUGGCACUGCAAUUUACUGCCAAUCCAAAACGUUUCCAAGAAAACUUAUUUGGAGGGAGAUUCUUGAAGAAUUUGAUCCAGUUUAACUUCACAGGGGCUCUUGGGACUAAUGGGAAAUACAGCAUUGGCCAAUUUUUCCCACAGGAGGAUGUGGCAGAUAGGGAUAAUGGCCAGGGCUUUCUGGAAUUAUCUGAGGCACUUUCACUGGAGGUGUCAAAAGGCAGCUCCAUUUUGAGCAAGCCUCUUGUAGACAGCUUUAGCCGUUCAGUAACUUUGCAGGACAAUCAGAAUAUGAUGAAAUUCCUUUCUUCUGUUCUGGAACUACCAGCAUUCUUUACUUUUCUUCAACAAGUGAUUUCUGUCCCCCAAAGUGUUGCUGAAAAUUUAGGUGAAGUGGUGAAACUAGCAUUGGGAUCCAGAGACUGUGGUGAGGACCCAACGGACCUGUUUGUUCCCACCUGCACCAAGGAGGGAAGGUAUGAGGAAGUUCAGUGCUAUGCAGGAGAGUGCUGGUGUUUGGACACUUCAGAUAAGGAAGUUCCAGGCUCAAGAGUUCAAGGCAAGCGCCCAAGGUGUCCUACAGAUUGUGAGAAGCAAAGAAGAAACCUGCAGAACUUGAAGCAAAGUCUGCCUGCUGGAUCAGAUCUUUUUAUUCCCUCUUGUACCAAGGAUGGAGACUUUCUGCCACUUCAGUGUUAUGGGACAAAUUGCUUCUGUGUUGAUUUGAAUGGCAAGAGUAUUCCAGGAGUAAGUGGAAAAGCUGGAAAGCCGAUUCAGUGCCCAAGUGUUUGCCAAGUAACAGCUAGUCAAGAGUUUCUCAAGACCAUGAAAGUCCUGUUGUCAGAUCCAAGUGCUCUGUCUCAGCUCUCCAGCACUUACCUCCCUCAGUGUGAUGCUGAGGGUGCCUGGAGGCCCGUGCAGUGCAGUGGUCCCCCUGAGCAAGCCUUUGAGUGGUAUGAAAGGUGGACCACAGAGAACAAUGAAGGCAAAGCCCUGCCCCUUGCUGAUCUAUUGAAAAUCAUAACUGUGUAUAAAGAAGCAUCUUCCAAAGGCUUUUCAGCUUUUAUUAAGGCUUUGUAUGAGGCUGGGCACCAGAAUGUCUUCCCAGCAUUCACCAUGUAUUCCUCCUUCACUGAUCUCCCCCCUGAAGUACUGGAAGGAAACUUGACCUCUGCAUCUGAGAACAUUCUGCUGGAUCCAUAUAUAUUCUGGCAACUUCUGAAUGAGCAGCUGAGCUAUUUCCCAGGUCCAUACACUGAUUUCAGUGCUCCAUUGGCCCACUUUGAACUUCGUGAGUGUUGGUGUGUUGACAGCAAAGGAGAAGAGCUGCAGGGAACAAGGGCAGAAGUUAACCAGGUUCCAGCAUGUCCUGGUGUCUGUGAAGCUGUUAAGCAGGAAGCCAUGAAAUUUGUGGAGGAAGCAGAGCAGCUCAUCCUGGCAUCAAAUAGUUCCCACUUCCCUUUUGGAGAAAGCUUCUUGAUGGCCAAGGGGAUAGAGCUCACAGAUGAUGACCUCCUACGUACUGCUCAGCCCUACAAGUCAGAGGUGUUGGUCUCUGAUAAGCUCUUACCAGGCAGUGAUUAUGCUCUUCAGCUGACUGCACACUCAGUCUUGCAUUUCUACUGGAGGAGUCACUUGACUUCCACACGUUCUGCUGGGGAAGCAGCACAGCUGGGAUUUCUGCCCUACAUCCCACAGUGUGAUGGGCUGGGAAACUGGGAGCCAACUCAGUGCUAUGAGAGCACAGGUCACUGCUGGUGUGUGGAUGAGAGAGGACGUUAUGUCAUGGAUUCCUUGGUCUCACGCUCUGCAGAACUUCCCAAAUGCCAGACAUCAUGUCAGCUCUCUCGAUCCAAUGCCUUAAUUUCCAGCUGGAGAAAGAGCAGUUCAAGGCUCGAUGCUUCUACAGCUGAACUAUUCGUCCCCUACUGCCUCGAGACAGGAGAAUAUGCUGUGCUACAGGGAUCCAACACAGGUACUUGGUGCAUCGAUCCUGUGUCAGGAGAAGUGUUCCAGCCUAGCAGCAAAGAUCUGGAUGGCAAUCCUGAGUGUCCUAGUUUCUGUAAUAUGUUGAAGUCUAAAACUGCUUUGCAAGAAGCUGGCAAAGGCUACAUCCCACGGUGUGAAGGUGACAAAAGGACCUUCUCACCUGUGCAGUGCAGCCAGGACCAAGAGAGCUGCUGGUGUGUCUUUGGCAAUGGGGAAGAGGUGCCAGGGACUCGAGUAAGAGGGGGCACACCUGCAUGUGCAAGUCCUCUCUGUGCUCUGCCAUUCGGUGUUUCAUCUGUUCUCAACGGAGCUGUGUUUUGUGAAAAUGUUUCUGGAGAAGCUUCAAGAAGCAUCCAGCAGUGCUGGCUGGCAUGUCGCCAGGGCUUCCAGAGCACCUCUUCCAGCAUAACCUUUCCCUGUGAUGUGCAACAACGUCGCUGGGUCUCAGCUGCCCCUCUCUACCAGGCUUGCCAGAAGCUCCAAUUAUUUCAGACAGUCCAAGCUCAAGCACAUUUUCAACUACUACUGCCUCCUGAGAAGACUUGUAGUUCUGACUACUCUGGAUUACUUCAGGCAUUCCAGAUAUUUAUUUUAGAUGAGUUGAAGGCUCGUGGUUUAUGUCACCUCCAGGUAAAUGCAUUUGGAAAUACUGGCUCAGUUUCUGCCUGUGAUGAUUCCACUGUCCGUGUCGAGUGCCUGAGCGUGGACCGCAUGGGGGUGAAUGUCACAUGGACGACUCAGCUGGAAAACAUCCCAUCAGAUUCUCUCCCAGACUUACAUGAUAUUGAAAAUGCAAUUGUUGGAGAAAAUCUCAUUGGAGCAUUUCUGAAAGAGAUUAAAGAUGGUGGUUUUCUGCUUCGUUUGGACUCCACGCAAUUCCUAGCAGAUCCUUCUGUGGAUUUUCCUCGGGAUGAAAAGUUUGACCUGGCUCCCAGCGUGCAGCUGGGAUGCAGAACUGGGUUUCGAAGAAUUUCACCUCCUGGGAAAGCAAUCCCAAAUUCACAAGGAUGUGUUGUUUGUCCUCCAGGCAGUCAUUUCCAGAAUGAUGAAUGCAUUCCCUGUCCUCCUGGCUACUACCAGCAUCAGACAGGACGUCCCUCCUGUAUCAAAUGUCCUGUGGGCAAAACUACCAACUCCUAUGGGGCAUUCAGCACUGAUCACUGUGUCACAUACUGUCAAAGCAAUGAGCAAGGUCUACAGUGUGAUGAAGAGGGUCAGUACAGACCUUCCCAGCAAAACCCUGACAACAAGAAAUAUUUCUGCAUCGAUAGCUUUGGAGCAGCACUGGUCUGGACUGAAACAGAUGACCUGCUUUCAGACUACCAGUGCCAAGCCUGUGAGAAAGAAGAUGUGUGUGGCUUUGCAACAGUAACUCCUGCUGGUGCUGAAGUUCUCUGUGAAUUAUACAGUUCUGCUGAAGUCAACUUCAACUGUACCCCCUCUGGAUUGGUGCAAGGUGUUUGGGGGAAUCCCACUGCCACUGGUGUUGGUCGUCUCAACUGCCUACUUCAUGUCAGGAAUCCAGAGGGAGAUGCAGUGGAGGUCUACUUGAAGAGAGGACAAGAAUUUAACUCACUGGGACUCAAGACUUUUGAAAGGACCAGUUUUCAGAACGUGCUUUCCGGCGUCUAUCGCUCCCUGGUGCUCUCAGCAGCCACCACAUCUCCAGCUGAUGCUCAGCUCUUCUGUCAGCAGACUUGCAGCAGGGACUCUUGUUGUGAUGGCUUCAUCUUGAGUCAGAUUCCACUUGAUGGAGGUACCAUUUUGUGUAGUUUGAUGAGCUCUCCAGAUGUGCUGAUCUGCAAUGCAAAUGGCUGGAGUCCAACACCAACAUCCAUCAUAGGUAGAAUAUGUAAAGGUGUGAGCUAUGAUGAAAAAGAGAAGAUGUUUUCUUUCACCCUGGGAGGACAAGUGUUCAGUGGAAGCUCUGAUAUGUUCACCCGAACGAAAACCUCUUCGUGUGAUGCUACUGUUUUGAUGACAGAGAAUGAUCUGAUGUUGUCAGAUUCCACCAAGGAUCUUUUCUACCUAAUGGACAACAGCCAGAUACGAAGUGACCAGAACUAUUCUCUCUCAUACCAGCAGUAUUGGGUCUUCAGGCAGAAGUACUCAGCAGAAGAAGCUGCACUUUGGUGUCUCACACGUUGUGCAGAAGAAGAUGAGUUCUGUCGAAUGGCAGAUCUUCAGAAUGCCACAGACACAUACUUUGUGUGCACCCUCUAUCCAGAGGCACAGAUUUGUGAUGGCAGUGUCAGUCAAAUACCAGAAAACUGUGCAACUGUACUACCCUGGCAGCCACAGAUGUUGUAUCGCAAAAUAGUCAUUCUAAAAAGUUCUGUGAAGAGCUUCUACACACGCAUACCAUUCCAGAAAGUAAUGGGGAUCUCUGUGAGGAAUAAGACUGACAUGAGCAAAAAAGCUGUUUCAGAUGGAUUUUUUGAAUGUGAACGUUGGUGUGAUGCUGACCCUUGUUGCACAGGAUUUGGCUUCCUUAAUGACUCGCAGUUAUCAGGUGGAAAGAUCAUAUGCCUGACCCUGAACAGCCUUGGAAUCCAGAUGUGUGCUGAAGAAACAAGAAGUGCUUGGCAAAUCUCAGAUUGUAAUUCACCAAAUGCUGAAGUCAGAAUACACCCGUUUGGCUGGUAUCAAAAGCCUGCUGACUUGAAAAACACCAUGCCUAAUCUGUGUCCACCUGUUAGUUUACCUCUCAGACCAGAAAGUGAAUCUUUGGAUAAAUGGCAACUCCUAAAUGUGUCCUCCAUUCUCAUGGAUUCAUCCAUCUCAAGCUUUGAAGUUGUGCAAGUUACUAGAGAUAUAUCCGAUGACUUUUCCACUGCCAGAGACUUUUGUUUAUCCACUUGUUCAAAGAACGAGUCAUGUGCAGUGGUUACCCUGGAAAUCCAGCCUUCAGCAAUAAUAUGCCUUUUCUACCCUGAUACACAUAUAUGCACACAUGGCCUGCAAGGGCAGACCUGCUGGGUUUUACUCAAAGAGCCAGCUACCUAUAUCUAUAGGAGGCAAGGUGUGAGUCUUUCCUAUGAGCUCUAUGCCCCAUCCGUGUACAUCCCAUCCCAUGGAGAUCUGAGGGGCAGAUCCCAGGUGAUCCGCAUUGGCUCAGAGUGGAGAAGAAUCAGGCAGUUCCUGGGGGUCCCAUUUGCUGCCCCCCCUCUUGGGCAGAGGCGUUUCAGUCCUCCAGAGCCAUUUGCUUGGGUGGAAACCUGGAAUGCCAGCUUGGUUCGGGCAGCUUGUUGGCAGCCAGGAGAUGGAGAGGCCCCAUCCAACUCUGUCAGUGAAGACUGUCUGUAUCUGAAUGUCUUUGUUCCUGCAACCACUGUCAAAAAUAUGUCAGUGUUGCUGUUCUUCCACAAUGGAGGGAGUUACAAUGCUGAGAUGGGAAAGACCACCAUAGAUGGAUCCUACCUAGCUGCCAUCAGUAACAUCAUUGUUGUUACAGCAAGCUACCGGGUUGGUGUUUUUGGCUUCCUUAGUACUGGUUCUCCUGAGGUGAGUGGAAAUGCUGGCCUUUUGGAUCAGCUGGCAGCUCUGAAGUGGGUUCAGGAGAACAUUGCCAGUUUUGGAGGAGAUCCAAGCCAGGUUUCUUUAGGAGCUGACCGUGGCGGGGCUGACAUUGCCAGCAUUCACCUGCUCACAGGGGCAGCAGAUCUGGAGCUCUUCAGGAGGGUGUUGUUGAUGGGAGGUUCAGCUUUUUCUCCAGCAUCCAUUAUCACUAAGAGGAGAGCACAGACCCAAGCAGCAGUCCUGGCUGAAGAUGUGGGAUGCCCUCCAUCCACCAGUGAGGAAAUUGUAGCCUGCCUCCGCCAGUUGCCUGCUCGUGUCCUCAAUGAUGCACAGACUAAGCUUCUAGCUAUAAGUGGUCCAUUCCAGUACUGGGGUCCAGUGAUUGAUGGAAUUUACCUUCGUGAACCUUUGGUUAAAGCCCUGCAGCGCCCUCAGCCUCAGAAAGUUGAUCUGCUCAUUGGAAGUGCUCAACAAGAUGGGUUGAUCAGCAGAGCCAAGGCAAUUAAGAAAUUUGAAGAAAGUCAAGGAAGAGCCAACAGCAAAACAGCCUUUUACCAGGCUCUGCAAAAUUCUUUAGGAGGGGAAGACUCCAACCCAUUAAUUGAAGAUGCAGCCACAUGGUAUUACUCCCUUGAACACUCAACUGAUGAUUAUUCAUCGUUUUCCAGGGCUUUGGAAAAUGCCACCCGUGACCAGUUUGUCACAUGUCCCAUCAUAAACAUGGCCAAUCACUGGGCUGCUGCUUCCAGAGGAAAUGUCUUCAUGUACCAUGUACCUGAGAGCUCCUCACAGGGCAGUUUGGAGCUCUUGAUGGAUGUUCAAUAUGCAUUUGGGCUGCCAUUCUACCCGAAGUAUGAAGAACAAUUUACUCUGGAAGAAAAGAGUCUUUCCUUGCAAAUUAUGCAGUAUAUCUCCAAUUUUGUGAACUCUGGGAAUCCAAACUACCCUCAUAGUUUCUCAAGAAGAAUGUCAGGGAUGAUGCCUCCCUGGCCUAUGUAUCUGCCAAAUGAUGAUGGUGAUAACUACAAGGAGUUCACUGUUUCCUUGCCAACUCUUAAGGGCUUGAAAAAAGCAGACUGCUCCUUUUGGUCUGAUUAUAUUGAAAGACUGAGAGCAUCCACAGAAAGUGCAAGGAAUGGAGAGCCACCUGCAGGAAACAGCCCUACGGAAGCUCCUAGUGAAGGAUUUAUCUCCCAGGGGAGCCAGCCACGGGGAGACAAAGUGGCUGACAGCAGCUAG